AUGACGUAUUUCUUCUAUUGCGUCGCAGCCGCGAGGAACUUUGCGCUGAUCCCGCAACACGCUUCCCCCGACUUCGCUGUGCAGGAAGUGGACGAGCUUUACGACGUGGUGACCGACGUCCGCGCCAAAUGGAACACCAAUGAUAUCAUCCUUCUGGGAGACUUCAACACCGACUGCAGCUACGUCACAGUGUCAGAGUGGAGGCACAUCCGCCUCUUCACGGACAAGAGCUUCCAUUGGCUGAUCCCUAACGAGGUGGACACCACUGUGUCUCACACCGACUGCGCAUACGACAGGAUAGUGGUGACCGAGGACAUGAUGAAGGGAGUGGUGCACCGUAGUGCGGACGUCUACAACUACAUGGUGGACUUGAAACUCGACCUCAGUAUGGCUCUGGCUGUCAGCGACCAUUUUCCAGUGGAGGUGAUGCUACUUGGUUGAGCUUCGACUGCCAGAACCGUCAGCGACUCUCCAGUUUGAGUAAUCUGAACAUUAUCACAAGACAAUUAAAUUUCCUCAGCCUAAAGUUUGUGAGAGAAACAUUUUUGUCCAUAGUAUCUGUGUUUUUUGAAGUGGUCGUAUAAA